CCAAACUAGCUUGGGGACAGGAUGUGGCGGUUUAAGGGAAACCGACGCUGCGACAAGGCUUGAGGUUCACGGGAUCCCCCAAACCCUAGCCCCUCCUGUGUUUGCAACCAAACUGGCUCUUUACACCAUAGCCAGAGCCACAGGCAGGCUGAGCUUGGACGAAGUCUCCGCCCCUGCUUCGGAGCUUCGACUCGCUCCUCCAUGUCUCUGCACAGGCCUCUCAUGCAUCACUGGCAUUUCCCUGUCCCCUCGCUAUCGCGCUUCCGAGGGCCUGGCUCCGCUCCUGCCUCAUCGUGGACUAGAGCUAGUCUGUCGGGCAGUGCUUUUGUGCAGAAUUGGUCGCAGUUUCGCGGUAGUAGUUUCUUUUCUAGUGCCAGUAGUUCUUUGUUGCUGAGAGGUAGCUGGUUUGGGAGAAUUGGCGUGCGGAGCUCGUCCACGCAGUCUUUCAGCCUGCAGGUUUUGAGUAGUGUUAGAAACAAAAAGGCGGGGGCCGAGGUAAGAGAAGGUCGCUCCAGCAGAACUGGAUCAAUUCGACGUACUCACACCAAGGCUCCACCCAAAGAAAGACCUGUUUCAGACAUGGGGAAGAAGGCAAGGCCCACUGGGCCAAAACAAUUGUCGCUGCGCAAUGUAAUGACGAAUCCCAGUAGCACAAUCAGCUUUGUCCAGAUUCUUGGGACAGGCAUGGACACGGGCGAUACAUCACCUUGUGUUCUUCUAUUUUUUGAUCAGCGGCGAUUUAUCUUUAACGCUGGAGAGGGACUUCAGCGAUUUUGCAUAGAGCAUAAAAUAAAGUUGUCCAAGAUCGAUCAUAUUUUUCUUACCCGUGUUUGCUCAGAAACUGCUGGUGGGCUUCCUGGGCUCCUUCUUACGUUGGCAGGCAUUGGCGAUGCUGGCAUGGCGGUUAAUAUCUGGGGUCCCUCCGAACUUAAAUAUCUUGUAGAUGCGAUGCGCACUUUUGUGCCAGGUGCCUCCGUCGUCCACACCCACAGCUUCGGUGGUUCAGUAGGUUCUCGUAAUGAAGGGACUAAGGCUCAAGCAGAGAAAUCGUCAGAAGUGCUGCUGGAAGAUGACGUGGUGAAAAUUACUGCUGUCCUACUCCGUUCGCAGACUUCAUUACCCAGUGAUAAGAAAAGGUCAAAGCGUGCACGAGUAGAGGAAACUACCGCUGAGUCCUCAUUUGCAGAUGAGAGUUAUGAUGUGUCAGUUGCAUACGUCUGUGAACUUCCGGAAGUUAAAGGUCGGUUUGAUAUUGAGAAGGCUCGGAAGUUCUUCAACCGCCCAGGGCCUCAUUACGGUCUGCUUCAAUCGGGGAAGUCCGUCUUGGCAAGUGAUGGCGUAACAAUGGUGCAUCCUGAAGAUGUUAUGGACCCUUCAUCUCCUGGCCCUAUCUUUAUCCUGGUUGACUGUCCAACUGCUGCCUACAUUCCAGCAUUAAUUACCAAUCCUGUGCUCUGCAGUUUUCAGGAUCAGGGUUCUAAGCAAGUUACCCUUGUUGUGCAUAUUAGCCCAGCUUCUAUUUCUCAACUCCCUGAAUAUCAAAGCUGGAUGUCACGGUUUGCUGGAGCGCAACAUGUGAUGACUGGGCAUGGCACCCUGAACAUGUCGCAACCAGUUCUGAAGUCAAGUGCCAGGGUGGUUUCACGCUUAAAUCGUAUUUGUCCACAAGUCUUUCCUAUAUCAGGCCUGCAAUCGAGCGGGCGACAGGACCAGAUUAAGGACACGCAGGAAAAAGACUCAUCGUUAGACCUUAUAUCUGUUGGUGAAAAUCUAUUGAAGUUUCGCUUGAGGCCAUUGUCAAGUCUUGGCCUGGACCGCUCAGCUGUGCCCGAGCCGUUUAGCAUGCAGCAUGUUCAAGAUCAGAUGCUUCUUGACAUUCCUGAGCUUCUUGAAGCUACAAAUAAAAUAUCUGAUUUUUGGAAGUCCACGUCAAUAGAAUCAGUUAGUGCAGAUGCCCUAGUGAGCAUGGAUGAAGUGACGAAGUAUUAUUGUGAAGAGCCUUGGUUGAUGGAAAGUACCCCUGUUACACGUACAAACCAUGCUGGUACUACUGCUGCACCAUCAUCUGAUAUUGUGGAGUUACAUGGUGAAAAUCACGAAUCUGAAGUUCAAGAAACUGUUGCAGGAUCGAAAUCUCUUACUUUAAAUAAAAUCUCUCUGGAAGACAUCCCUCCGUGUCUACAGGGAAUUACAAGGGAGGAAAUGGAAAUUGUAUUUUUAGGUACUGGUUCGUCACAGCCAUCAAAGUAUCGGAAUGUGAGUGCCAUUUAUAUGCACCUCUUCGAACGAGGGGGGAUUAUAUUAGAUUGCGGAGAGGGUUCAUACGCUCAAUUGAGGCGAAGGUAUGGAUCUCAAACCGACGACGUCCUGGCAGGUCUCAAGCUUGUUUGGAUAUCACACAUUCAUGCUGAUCAUCAUACAGGGCUUGUCAGGAUUCUCGCUGUCCGGAAGGCCAUUUUAGAGGCUAGAGGGGCUUUUUCUCCUGUAUUAGUUAUAGGGCCCAAGCAACUGAAGCGUUUCCUGGACGCAUAUGGCCAACUUGAAGAUUUGGGCAUGGAGUUUGUAGAUUGUAGUCAAACCACAUACGACGCGGAUGAUAUUGCUGAGGUUGAGCAAGCUGCAUCUAGAAGUGAUACAGAAGAUAUUGUUGAAACUCCCAAUUCCAGUAGAAGUCCAGAGAAGGAGAUUGCUACUGCUUCGUCACGAAUUGGACUCGUAAGAAGAUCAUAUUCAAACAGCAAAACAUCGCCUAAAAAAGGGCAGAUGCGAAACUAUUGGCUUCUACCUGGGGCCAACUUGAUGGAAGGAAUAGACUGGUCGGGGCGUGAUAAAUUGCGGAAGACUUUAUCUUCUCUGAAACUCGCUAGCCUUACAAGCGUUCCAGUUGUGCACUGUCCCCAUGCAUUUGGAGUGGUCCUGGAAUCGGAAGCCCGAACUCAGCCCGAUGGUAAAAGAAGAAAGGGAUGGAAGAUUGUCUACUCUGGAGACACUCGGCCAUGCCAAGCUCUUGUCGAUGCCUCUGAGGGUGCUACAGUACUCAUACACGAGGCCACAUUCGAUGACAGCAUGCCGGAGGAGGCUUACGCCAAGAAGCACAGUCUAACGAGAGAGGCAAUUGAAACAGGGGUGUCUGCUGGAGUUUACCGCACCAUUCUAACUCACUUCAGUCAACGGUACCCCAAAAUACCUGUAUUUGAUGACAGCUACACUUCCCAGACAUGUAUAGCAUUUGAUAUGAUGAGUGUCAAUUUAGCUGAUUUACCCUUGCUGCCAUCCCUCUUACCUGCACUGAAACUUCUUUUUAAGGAUGACAUGGCUUCUAUGGAGGAAGAAAAGGAAGAAGUUACCGAGGAAGCAAUGGUUCUUUAGGUACUAGACCCUGGGGAUCGAUCGAGAGCAGAAGUUAAUUUUUCUGAUGUCCUUCAACUCUUGUAAUUCGUUUUAUUGAUCUGUUGAAGCUUACAAUUGUUGCCAUGGGUUCUCGUUGAGGAUGAUCCUCAAUACUCUCGCCUCAUGAAAGUGAACUUUGUGAUGAUUCUCAACCUCUUCAUCAUCAGCCAUUACCCAUGUGUAACAGAUUGCCCAGCUGGUCGUGAGGUUACAGAGUAGCAUUCUUUAGACAUGGCGUUUCAUUUGGAACCGUUCAGUUUCUAAGGUUGCUCUUUGAGUCAUCCCAGUUCAAACCAUCCGAACCCUGGUUAGACCCUCAACGCUUCAAUCAAGUGCAAAGCAUAGGGAAUGGGUAUGAAGUCGGAAGUACUCCUGUAUACGCCAAGAGGCUUAGAUGAUAUCUCAAGAAGACACUACUUGUUUGCACAUCUAAGCCAGGGUCUUGAAAAUCCAUUGACGGCCAAGGAUUUCUUAAAGUUAUUUAGGCUUUGAGAAUUCUUGAAUUUUCUUGAAACGGGGAUUAGAAGAAAGCUCGCGUUUAGAAGUUUUAA